AUCUGACGGGAUCCCACCACUCACACAAGAAGAAUCUUUUCCGUCAGUCUGUUAGUCUGUCACCUCCGUUUUCUUUUCCGUCAACAACUCUCUGCCGCCGUCUCUCUCUUCCAGAAAGAAGACCUUUUCUAUCGAUUUACUUGCACCACUUUCUGUCUUUCUUGCUAACACUAUCCCGACGUUUCUCGGGAACCAAACACGUCAACAAGAUGGCGUCUGAGCCACCGGCAGCGGAGGAAGAGAAAGCUUGGGAGGAGGCUCUGAGAAAGAUGCUACCCGUAGGUGCGCCAUUGCCCGACGAAGAGCACCUCGAUUACUCCAUCGCAAUCGAGUACCAAGGCCCUCAGAUUCCCUAUGAGGUUCCCAAGGUUGAUCCCCUGGACCUCGAUUCCGUUCCGGUUCGCACUCCUUCGCUAGCUUCGGUUUCGGACCUGUCCUCUGUCCCCGUCGCCAUGCCGAUCAUUCCGAAGGCCACGAGGUUCAAUCGGUUCAGAAAUGGAGGUCUUGGCAGCGGAGUGAUGAACACUCCUGUGGAGAGCCCAAGUUCCUCUUCGGCUUUGAGAACUCAAUUCGAUAUGCAGGGUACCGGAGACUCGGAGUUCGGAAACGGAAUUGGAGAGCCGUUCUCGGAUUCCCAGCGAAAACCUGAUGUAAUUGACGGAAAGCGGGCUCCGGUGGUGACCUUCAAUACGCCGAGGGAUUCGGAUAACGAAGAGGACGAGUCGGACACGUACUCGAGCGCCGCAGAAUUCUCGGUCGGGUCGCCGAUUUCAGGGGCCAGGAACGGCCAGAAGUCAUGGAAGAAGCGAGGAGUGUGUAGUAGGUGCGGGAGAGGGAACAGGUUGAAGGAGAAGGAGGCUUGUAUAGUGUGCGAGGCGAGGUACUGUAGCAACUGUGUGCUGAAGGCGAUGGGGUCGAUGCCGGAGGGGAGGAAAUGCGUUAGCUGCAUUGGGCAGCCAAUCGACGAGGCCAGGCGGUCCGUUUUGGGGAAGAGUUCUAGGAUCUUGGCAAAGGUUUGUAGUCCCCUGGAGGUGAAGCAGAUAAUGAAGGCGGAGAAGGAGUGCGCGGCGAACCAACUGAGGCCGGAGCAGCUGGUUGUCAACGGGAAGCAGUUAAGGCAGGAGGAGUUGGCGGAGGUUCUGGGGUGUCCCAUCCCGCCGCAGAAGUUGAAGCCCGGGCGUUAUUGGUACGAUAAGGAUUCUGGGCUUUGGGGAAAGGAGGGAGAGAAGCCCGAUAGAAUGAUCAGUUCGAAAUUGAAUGUUGGGGGUAAGCUUCGUCAGAAUGCGAGUAAUGGGAACACAGAAGUUUACAUAAAUGGUCGUGAGAUCACGAAAACAGAGCUCAGAGUGUUGAAGCUGGCCAAGGUACAGUGUCCCAGGGAUACUCAUUUUUGGGUGUAUGACGAUGGAUCUUAUGAGGAAGAAGGUCAAAAUAACAUAAAAGGAAAUAUAUGGGGAAAGGCAUCCACUCGUUUCAUUUGUUCGUUACUUUCGUUGCCUGUUCCACCUUGUAAUCCACAUGGGGCAAAAGAAGACCCAACUAUUUUUUCGGGUAGGUCUGUGCCUGAGUAUUUGGAGCAGGGAAGGGUCCAGAAACUUCUGUUAUUUGGGUUGGAAGGAUCUGGAACGAGCACCAUCUUCAAGCAGGCCAGGUUUUUGUAUGGGAAAAAUUUCACUCCAGAAGAGCUGCAGAAUAUCAAGCUUAUGAUUCAAAGCAAUUUGUACAAGUAUCUUAGUGUACUACUUGAGGGAAGAGAGCAGUUUGAAGAGGAAUCAUUGAUGGAGACAACUACUGUUUUGGAUGCCGAAGAGUCUGCCCCAGGUGAAACAGGAGUUGAUGAAAGCAAGCAAUGCAUCUAUUCAAUCAACCAAAGGUUCAAGCAUUUUUCUGACUGGUUACUGGAUAUCGUGGCUACGGGAGACUUGGAUGCUUUCUUCCCUGCUGCUACACGUGAAUAUGCUCCAAUUGUAGAUGAAGUUUGGAGGGAUCCUGCCAUUCAGGAAACAUACAAGAGAAGAGAGGAACUGCAUUGCCUUCCUGAUGUUGCAAAAUAUUUCUUGGAUCGGGCUAUAGAGAUAUCAAGCAAUGAGUAUGAACCUCCAGACAGGGACAUUUUAUAUGCAGAGGGAGUCACUCAUAGCAAUGGUCUUGCCUUCAUGGAAUUCUCAUUUGAUGAUAGAAGCCCCAUGUCUGAGAUAUACAAUGAGAACUUUGAAUGCCCACCUCCCUUGACCAAAUACCAAUUAAUUCGCAUAAAUUCCAAGGGACUGCAUGAGGGUUGCAAAUGGCUGGAAAUGUUUGAAGAUGUGAGGGCAGUGAUAUUUUGUGUUGCGUUGAGUGACUAUGAUCAGAUGUAUGCCCAUGGUACUGGUCCACUUCGAAAUAAAAUGCUAGCGAGUAGAGAUUUGUUUGAGAGUUUGGUGAGACACCCUUGUUUCAAAGACACCCCUUUCGUGCUCCUGCUGAACAAAUAUGAUGCCUUUGAAGACAAGAUAAGCCAGGUUCCUCUAUCUGCUUGUGAGUGGUUUAGGGACUUCAGCCCUUUAAAGGCACAUCACAAUAACCAGUCCCUGGCACAACAAGCAUACUACUAUGUUGCAGUCAAAUUCAAGGAGCUAUAUUCUUCCAUAAGCAGACAAAAGUUAUUCGUGGGGCAGACACGAGCUCGGGAGCGUACAUCAAUCGAUGAGGCAUUCAAGUACAUAAGGGAGGUCCUCAAAUGGGAUGAAGAAAAGGAUGAAAAUAUGUAUGGAAUUGGCGUGGAUGAUUCUUUCUACAGUACAGAAAUGAGUUGGUCUCCAUAUAUUAGGCAGGAAUGAAACUCUGUUCUGUCUAGCAGCGGCAUGUUGGCAUUUUGAAAUGAAGGAUUGAACAUAUCUACUUGCCAUUUCCAAUUCUUUCUUUGCUCUGAAAAUUUGGUGGAUAUUUUGUUCUUACCAUGGCAUGACUGAGCAAAGGAAGUGAAGUCAGUUUGGCCGUGAAGGUGCUAUCUUAAACUGGCAAGUUCGGGAUUGUUGAACAAUAUAACAAUAAGUUGAGUCUGAUUCAGGAGAUUGCAAUUUAUUUACAGCAUAAUUUUCUUGCAUGUAUAGUUUAUCUUGUUUAAUACUACUACGGAGUUUUCCCGAGUAAAUUUGUUAGGUUUGCUGUAAAUGGUGAGUCAAUUCCCUUCUGUAAUAGCACCUUCAUGGUGGGGCUCACCAACUCAAUAGAUUUCCAUGAUCUGCUUGGCAUCC